AGAAGAAGAAGAAGAAGGAAGCUCCUCCUACUUAACAUGGCGACCUAGAGAGGAGUACAUGCUCGUUUGUUGACAUAUAUUUUAAAAGCCGUCUCUUGUUUAAAUCCUUUAAACAACUAUAACCAUGUCAAGACUCGUCAUCAAAAACCUUCCCAAUGGGCUGAAGGAGGAGAGGUUCAAGUCGAUGUUUGCUGCCUUUGGCACUGUGACAGACUGUUCACUAAAGUUCACCAAGGACGGAAAGUUCCGCAAGUUCGGCUUUGUCGGGUUUAAAGCCGAAGAGGAGGCGAACAGAGCCCUGAAGCAUUUCCACAAGAGCUUCGUGGACACGUCCAGAGUCACUGUGGAGGUGUGUAAAGCCUUUGGAGACCCCACUAAAGCAAAACCCUGGAGUAAACACAGUCAAAGCUCAGGCCAGGACAAACCUUCUGCUCCUGCUGCUGACACUGACAGCAAAAAGGAAAAGAAGAAAGAAAAGAAGAAAGAGCAACUCAGCAGUGCACUUGGAACUCUGGAGGACGACCAGGGAUUCAAGGAGUUUCUGUCAGUGCAUCAAAAUCGAAGCCAAGUACCGACCUGGGUGAACGACACUGUGCAGCUAACAGCCGAUCAUGACAGUGGGCCAACAAAGACUCAGAGCAAGAAGACGAAGCCUGCUUCAGAUGACUACCUCAACUUUGAUUCAGACCAGUCAGAGGACGAAGAGAAGGAAGAUGAAGAAGAACAAGAUGAAGAUGAAGAUGAAGGUGCAACUAAAGAGGCCAUGAAGUCUGGCUUGUCAGACAUGGAGUACCUGCGCUUGAAGGUGGCACAGACAGAUGACACCCUGGAGGAGGAUGAAGCGAUGGAUGAUGAUGAUGGUGAAGGUGGGGAGGAUGGCGAUGAAGAGCCUGGCUCUGUUCAGCAUGCUGACAGCGCGUAUGAGAGUGGUGACAAAGAAAACAGCUCCAAGACCAAAGUGUUGGCUUCUCCUGAGGAUAACAAGCAGAAGAAAGCCAAGAAAACUGCCCCACAGCAGAUGGAACCGACGACAGAAUUCACAGUGAAGCUGAGAGGAGCACCCUUCAAUGUUAAAGAGCAACAAAUACGAGAGUUCAUGACCCCAUUGAAGCCAGCAGCCAUCAGGAUCGGGAAGAACGAGAGUGGAAAUAGAACAGGUUACGUGUACGUGGACCUACACUCCCAAGAAGAGGUGGAAAAGGCUUUGAAGAAGAAUAAAGACUACAUAGGUGGCCGAUAUAUUGAAGUCUUCAGUGUUGAUGCCAAUCGUGGCAAUGGCAAGAGAGACAGAAAGGACAAAGAAAUUGACAGAAAUUUCACCAGGACGCUGAAGGACGAUGAGGAGGAGGAAGAUGUCGCAGAGUCAGGUCGACUCUUCGUCAGAAACCUGCCGUACUCCUGCACCGAGGAAGAGCUCAAAGAGCUAUUUGCUAAACACGGUCCUCUAUCUGAAGUGCUCUUCCCUAUCGACAAUCUAACAAAAAAACCUAAAGGGUUCGCUUUCAUAACCUACAUGAUUCCAGAGAAUGCAGUGAUGGCUCUGGCUCAGUUGGACGGACAUAUAUUUCAGGGCAGAAUGCUUCACCUGCUUCCCUCCACGCUGAAGAAGGAAAAGACUGAAUCCUCUGAUGCUGGUGGUCCUGGCUCGUCCACUUACAAACGACAAAAAGAUGCAAAGAAUAAAGCUUCAAGUUCCAGUUCACACAACUGGAACACUCUGUUUGUGGGCACAAGUGCCGUGGCAGACGCCAUUGCUGAAAAGUACAACACCACGAAAAGCCAAGUUCUGGACCAUGAGUCCAAGGGAAGUGUAGCGGUGAGAAUGGCUCUGGGAGAGACGCAAAUCGUCCAGGAGACUCGACAGUUCCUUCUUGACAAUGGCGUCAGUCUGGAUUCCUUUAGUCAGGCGGCAGCAGAGAGGAGCACAUCUGUGAUCCUGGUGAAAAACCUUCCGGCUGGAGUGAGCGUGUCAGAACUGGAGGAGCUCUUCUCACCUCAUGGCUCUCUGGGUCGAGUGCUGCUGCCACCGUCGGGACUCACUGGUGUCAUUGAGUUCCUGGAGCCAACUGAAGCAAAGCGAGCGUUCACAAAGCUGGCCUACAGCAAGUUCCAACAUGUACCGCUGUAUUUAGAGUGGGCACCUGUCGGGGUCUUUGUCACAGCCAAACCAGACCCAGUGUUAGUCAAAGAGGACACAGUAAAAGAAGAUAAGAAGCAGGAAGAGCAAGACGAAGAAGAAGAGGAGGAGGAAGAAGAAGAGGAAUCUGCUCCAGGCUCCACACUUUUCAUCAAGAAUCUUAAUUUCAGCACCACAGAAGAGAAGCUACAUGAGACAUUCUCCAAAUGUGGCAAAGUCAAAUCCUGCACCAUCUCCAAGAAGAAAGACAAAACAGGAAAGACGCUCUCCAUGGGCUAUGGCUUUGUCCAGUAUCAGGUGGCAGAGGCAGCACAGAAAGCCCUGAGGCAGCUACAGCACUGCACUGUGGAUGAUCACCAGUUAGAGUUGAAGAUUUCAGAGAGAGCUACAAGAACUACGGAGGUGACGCGUAAGAAAAAGCAAGCAGAGAAGAAACAGACGGGAACUAAGAUCCUUGUGCGCAAUGUCGCUUUCCAAGCCACUGUCAGGGAAGUCCGAGAGCUCUUCUGUACAUUUGGAGAGCUGAAGACAGUUCGACUUCCAAAGAAAGCUGCUGGUUCAGGGAAUCAUCGAGGCUUUGGCUUUGUUGAUUUUCUUACCAAACAGGAUGCUAAGAAAGCAUUUGCUGCACUGUGCCACAGCACCCAUCUGUACGGGAGGCGUCUUGUGUUGGAGUGGGCCGACGCUGAGGACACAGUGGAGACACUGAGACGGAAAACAGCCGAACAUUUUCAUGUGGCGUCAGUUAAGAAGAGAAAGACAGAGGUUUUGGGGGGAAUUCUGGAAUCGAUGGAAACUGAAGGAGCUGUGGAAGACUGAGGUUGUGACGGACCUGGACACAAUCCUGACCAAUGCUUCUCUGUCUCUCCAUGCAUAAGACUGUGAAAACAAAUGAGGAAAAAUGAUUAAGCUGGUCAAAAAAUCCUCUGUAUUUCUUACAGUAUGCAAGUUUUGUAUAGAGUAACACAUCACAAUGUAAUAAGACUGAUGUCAAAUUUUUUAUAAAGUUUUAUUUCAUGAGGAAAAGCUUUUGAUGUUAAUAUAAUUUGUGUUGUUGAUUUAUCUAAAAAAACACAUUAUUCUUGUUCAGUAGCAAAUGACAAGGGCUGCAACGAUUAUUAGAUUGAUUAUGAAUCAAUUACUACAUUUUCAGACAAGCUUACUGAUUUUGUUUUUAGCUUAAUGUGAGUUUUCUGGGUUCAUUGCUACAUUUGACAAAGAUGUUUAAAAACGGAUGAUUAAAACUGAAUAAUUUUU